AUUUUUCGUCUCUAUUUUCAGACCCAUAAAAUUUCUUUGUCUACUAUCGUAACGAUACUCAAAUCAAGAUGCCUUCCGACUUGAAGAAGAAGCAAGCAGCGAAGAAGAAGGAAGCCGCAAAAUCCAAGGGAAGUAAGAAGAUCGAGAAGCCGGAAGCUAAUGGUGUUACCAAUGGCUCCGGUGAGGGUGCGUGUGCCGACUUGGAAGUCGAUAGUAUUGCUGAUGAGUUGACAUCUGCCCUGGAGCUUGCAGCUGCUAACCGAGCCGUCACGGGAUCGUUUGCUCUGCAUCCAAGAAGUCGAGAUAUCAAAAUCGAUAAUUUCUCGAUUACCUUUCAUGGUUGCGAACUGCUUCAGGAUACCAGGCUGGAAUUAAAUUGUGGCCGACGUUAUGGUUUAAUAGGAUUGAACGGAUCUGGGAAAUCCACCAUGCUUGCCGCACUGGGUAACAGGGAAGUACCCAUUCCUGAACAUAUAGAUAUAUAUUACUUGUCUCGGGAGAUUCCUCCGUCUGAAAAAACGGCGCUUCAGUGCGUGCUGGAAGUGGAUCAGGAGAGAAUCCGAUUGGAAAGGUUGGCCGAAGAACUGACUCAUUUUGAUGAUCAUGAAAGUCACGAUCAACUGAUGGAUGUUUACGAGCGUCUCGACGAAUUGGGCGCUGACAAAGCCGAAGUUCGUGCUGCGUUCAUCCUUCACGGUUUAGGAUUCACAAAGCAAACUAUGCACAAGAAAUGCAAGGAUUUCUCUGGUGGUUGGCGGAUGAGAGUUGCUCUCGCUCGAGCAUUGUUCGUGAGACCGCAUUUGCUGCUGCUCGAUGAGCCCACGAAUCAUUUAGAUCUUGAUGCCUGCGUCUGGUUGGAAGAGGAGUUGAGCAAAUACUCCCGAAUCCUCGUUUUGAUUUCUCACUCUCAGGAUUUCUUGAACGGCGUUUGCUCGAACAUCGUGCAUCUGAGCAAAAAGCGUCUGAAGUAUUACGGUGGUAACUACGACGCUUUCGUGAGAACAAAGAUGGAAUUGCUGGAAAAUCAGAUGAAGCAGUACAACUGGGAGCAGGAUCAAAUAUCUCACAUGAAGAAUUAUAUAGCUCGCUUUGGUCACGGUAGCGCGAAAUUAGCUAGACAGGCCCAAAGUAAAGAAAAAACCUUGGCGAAGAUGGUAGCUGGGGGUUUGACCGAAAAAGUUACCGGCGACAAAACCGUAUCGUUCUAUUUCCCUCCGUGUGGAACUAUACCUCCGCCAGUGAUCAUGGUUCAGAAUGUUAGUUUUCGAUACACCGACGAUGGCCCGUGGAUUUAUAAUGAUCUGGAGUUCGGCGUAGACUUGGAUACGAGAUUGGCGUUAGUUGGACCGAACGGUGCGGGAAAGAGUACCCUUCUGAAGUUGCUUUAUGGAGAUUUGAUUCCCUCGAGUGGAAUGAUCCGUAAGCAUUCUCAUUUGAAGAUCGCUCGGUACAACCAGCAUUUAGCAGAGCUGUUGGACAUGGAUCUGUCUCCCUUGGAGUAUAUGAUGAAAUCAUUCCCGGACGUCAAAGAGCGAGAAGAGAUGAGACGAAUUAUUGGUCGUUAUGGGCUUACGGGGAAACAGCAGAUUUGUCCAAUUCGGCAAUUGUCCGAUGGUCAGAAAUGCCGCGUUGUGUUUGCGUGGUUGUCCUGGCAGGCCCCGCACAUGCUUUUCCUGGACGAACCUACCAAUCACUUAGACAUUGAAACAAUUGACGCACUGGCUGAAGCUAUUGUAGAGUUCGAGGGUGGAAUGGUUCUUGUAUCUCACGACUUCCGACUGAUUUCACAGGUUGCGGAGGAGAUCUGGGUUUGCGAGAAACAGGCGGUUACGAAGUGGGAAGGCGAUAUCACGGAUUACAAAGCUUUCUUGAAGAAGCGGGUCUUGUCGGAGAACGAUCGUUUCUUGAAAGCUUCCAAAAAGUGAACACUUAAUUCGUGUUGCAUCGAAGUCUCGUCGCGUGUACGGCUCUGCACUUGCGGACAGUGUCGGAGUUCGCAUCUAAUUCCCUUUUCUGGCACUUCACAUCUUCCUUCCUGUAAGCGUCUGGUUUAGACUUUUUGUUUUGUGAAAAUUGACGACCGUUGUUAGCGAUUUUCAGUGCAUGUUG